AUGGAGCCGACGCAGAUCCUGACGUUUCUCGGAGUCGAAGUGAACUUGGUGCGCAUGGAAUUUUCCUUGCCUCGCGACAAGCUGGACAAGAUUCGCUCCGAGUGCCGUCGCCUGCGCAACAAGGGAUUUGCUACCCUCGCCGAACUGCGUUCACUGACAGGCAAGAUGGUUGCAGCGCGCCCUGCAGUACACCUCGCUAUGCUUCAUGUCCGGGGACUGCAGUUCCUGCUGAACGAGGCUCUGGCACACCGUCUCGAGACCCAACAGUUGGACGAAUGGGCCUGCAGCGACCUGCGUUGGUGGAUAACGACGGCGGGGUGCCCGAUACCCAUGCACAGAGACCCACCCACGGUCACCAUGAGCUCAGAUGCGUCCAAUGUAGGAUGGGGUGCUGCUGUGGAUACGGCGCAUGCCGGGGGGCCAUGGUACGAGUCCGAAGCUGCGCACCACAUCAACUGGAAAGAGCUGAUCGCGGUAUGGUUAGGUUUUAAAAGCCUGCUCCGCAACGCAUCCAACCAAACCAUCCGGUUGGAAAUCGACAACACGACCACCGUGGCAUACCUCAAUCAUCAGGGAGGCACUCAUUCUCGGCGUCUGUGUACGCUUGCGAUUCAGGUGCUGGAGUGGGCUGCAGCCCGACACUUGGAGCUGGAAGCGGUUCAUGUGCCAGGAGCCCUGAAUCACACAGCAGACUAUCUGUCCCGUCACGUGGAGGAGACGGGCGACUGGAUGCUCCCGUACGAUCUGUUUACUACCAUCCAACAGACAUUCGGCCCGCUGAGUGUAGAUCUGUUUGCGGCCCGCCACAAUGCUCGCCUGGCCCGCUACCUGAGCUGGCGUCCAGAUCCAGAGGCAGAAGCAGUGGAUGCCUUCUCCACCCCUCCAGAGCUAUGGGAGAAUGCUUAUGCCUUUCCGCCAUUCAGCCUGCUCACCCGGUGUCUUCGCUACAUCCGGCAACACGACAUUCGACGGGUAAUCGUGGUGGCUCCAGCCUGGCAGUCACAGGCUUAUUACCCUCAGCUGCUCCGAAUGUCCUGCAGUGCUCCGCUACGACUAGUGUCGUCAGACGUUCUGGACCCACAGGGACAAGUCCAUCCACAGGCACAACGCCUACGACUGACCGUAUGGAGUAUCUCCGGGAAGCAGCCUCGCUGCGAGGCCUUUCGCAGGGAGCUGUCACUCUCUGGCUCUCCUCCUGGCGAACUAGCACCAACGCAACGUAUCAGUCAGCAUGGCGACAGUGGGUGGGCUGGUGUUGCGAACGACGUGUGGAUCCCGUAUCGGCGGACCCUACUCAAUUAG